AUGGCAUCUUUCGGCAAGGUGCUCGACCUGCUCGACGACCGCUACCUCGAGCUGCAGGACGUCGUUGGCAAUGCCGAGCCGCUACCAACACUCGUUCCGUACGAAGAGUAUGCUCAAAACGUGCUGGUUUACCGCAUGGAUACGGAUCAUGAGAUCGUCAUGGGCUUGAUCCAGGACUUCACCUUUCGUCUAGCACACCAGACGCACAAGGAGCUCUGGACGUGGUUAGUGCAGUGGGAAGUUGACAAAACGCCACCUGUGCAGCAGGCUCAAUCACCAAAAAAGGUUCGCCUAGACGAAGAGCAGCCAACGGCGCCGCGUCCAGCGCCCGCUCUCACUAUCUUCGAGCGACGCACGCUCGACGGCGCGCUGCUGCUGGAGGAUGAUAUGUUGCGCAUUCUGCUUGACAUUGUGCAAGUUGGCAGCGCACUCGUCCCCAACUUUAUCGAGUUUUUGUACCGCUGGAUUGACUAUCACGAGGGCGACGGAAAAGCGCUCAAAGCUGCGCUGAGAUGGGAGAUCCCAAGUUUGUGGGACUUUGACUAUCACCCUCUUGUGCUGCCGCCGAAAGAGGGAGAGAAGACUCAAAACACAGGCGGGCAACACGAAGAAGGAGAGAGAACUAUGUAUGGACGACAGAAACCCGAUUUAGCAGCCAUUGAGCGCCGCACGUUCUACACCGAAGAGAGCGAACGCCUCUUAUACCGCGAAGUCAAGUUCGGCAUGCAGCUACCCAAGGUUCAUCAGCCGCUGCCACCACUCAUCAACGUUCCCCACGAAUAUCGUAAACGUACGAAGUACUAUGCCGCGUGCUUCAGGUCCCGCCAACGCGCCCUCUUCCUCCUCCUUGAAGCCGGUCUCACUAUGAACCAGGUCAACAACUAUCAGAAGCUGCAGGCUGAGCACCCCAAAGAAACGCCCGAUACAUCUACCGGCAACGGUCUCCGCAACUACGAAAAGGACGCUAAAUACGCACAGAGGCAUUUCGAGUGGAGGGAGAAGCAAAUCAAGCAGCGUGAGAUCGCCAUCAGCAACAAUCUCGCCGUCGAAGCCCAGCUCGCUGCCAGCCAUGCAGUUCCCGACGGAGCAGCUGGCCUGCCGCUCAUCCCACCUACUCCGUCGUACACAAGGAAGACAGACAUGAUGGCCGCUAUGUUGCGGAAACUUAAAGAGAAAAGAGCAAACAAGGAAGAGAGGAUCAGGAUCGUACCGAAGUCCCUCGUGGGCAGGAUGAAGAGUAGUGUGUUUGAAAACACAGAAGAAGAGCCUUCAUUCCUGCAUCAGCCUGACAUUGGAAGCUCACCUAUACUUGGGCCAAGGCGGCAACCUUUCCACCCCCAGUCUGACGAUGGCAACGAAGACAUGGAUGUGGAAAGCGAAACCAACAGCAACGCAAGAAGCGAGGCUGGUGAUGAGGAUGCAACUACUGAACAAGCGUCAGCUGCGAGUCUGCCACGCCCGUUGCUACCACCGCCACUACCACCGCCUCCUUUUACGAUAGCUAGCAACCCAUCAUCGAAUUCGAGCGAUA